AUGCAAGUCAUACAACAUAAAGUUUCAUCAACAGAUUGUCAAAUUAGUUUGAAUUCUCCAAAUGAAAAGCAACAAAUCAUAACAACAAUGUCAAAUCGACAACAUCAACCAUUAAUAUUUUCUAUUGAUAAUCGUUUAUUAGAACAACAUUUAACACAACUUGAUUUAUGUUCAAAAAAUUUACAAAAAAUUGAUAAAUUAUCAACUAAUAUUAAUUUUAAUAUUAUUCUACUUGAUAAUAAUGAAAUAAGUAAACUUGAAAAUUUAGAUAUAUUUUCACAAUUAAUUCAAUUAUCAAUAUCUCAUAAUCGUCUUAUCGAUAUUCGUUUACUUAAUCGAUUACAAUCUUUACAAAAACUUAAUUUAUCAUAUAAUUUAAUUGAUUCAAUUGAUUGUCUUAGAACUUUACAAAAUCUUGUUAUGUUAAAUAUUUCAAAUAAUAAUAUUCAUAGUAUUGGAAUAUUAAAUGCUUGUCAUACUUUACAAUCUUUAGAUGCAAGUGAAAAUUCAAUACAACAAAUUGAAGAUCUUUCACAUUUAAUAGAACUUAAAUAUUUAAAUUUACAUAAAAAUUUUCUUGAUACAUUAAUUUCAAUUCCACGUUAUUGGCCAAAAUCACUUCAUACACUUAUUAUAUCAGAUAAUGAAAUUCAAGAUUUAACUGAAAUUUCUUAUCUAUCAUCAUUUUUCAAUUUAAAUACAUUUUAUAUUAUUGAUAAUCCAUGUUUAUCUGUGGUAGAUGAAAAACAUGGUUGUCAUCAACCAUUUGAUUAUCGACCAUAUAUUCUUAAUUGGUGUUUAUCUAUUCAUAAUUUAGAUGGAAUAUUUAUUACACGAAAAGAAAGUUUAAAAGCUGAAUGGUUAUUAAGUCAAGGUAAAGGUCGAUCAUUUGGAUCUGGUGAACAUGUAGAACUUGUUCAAUAUUUAACAAGAGUUUGUGGAACAGAUACUGAUGAAAGAGAUGAUCUACAUUUAUCACGUAUUAUGUUUCAACAAGAUUUGUAUAAUCAACAACGAAGAAGUAGUGAUAAUGAACAAAUGAUGAUAACAUCAGAUACAAUGCAGGAUGUCAAUGAUACAUUAUCUAAAAAUACUGAAGAAAAAUUUCAACAAAGUACAUUUAUAUCAGAAUCGGAAUUUCUUAAAUUAAAUACUUCUUCUACAGUUGAUGAACAUAUAAUAUCUACUCAUCAACAACAAAUGCGAACACCACGUUCAGAAUAUAGUAGACCAACAAAUAUUACUACGAAUUAUAUUGAUGAUCAAAUAACUGAAAAUAGUUCUAGUAAUAAUCGUUAUACGAAUUAUGAUAAUCGACCUAUAAAACCACUUGAUCAAAAUAUGUUUCAAACAAAACUUAAUCAAUAUCCAGUUAAUAAUCAUAGAAAUAAUAAUAUUCAACAAACUAAACGAACAUCUUCACAUUUAACCUAUAAUGCUAAUCGUUAUUCACCAAAAACGACUAGACUUGAACCAACUACUUCAUCAAUUCAACAUAUAAAAUCAAAUCGAAAUCUUAUUAGGCAACGUAACAAUCGAGUAAAACAUCAAACAACCAAUUCAAGUACCACCAACGCAUUACGAUCGCUUAAUCAUUCACAUGAGAAAAAUCCAUAUUGCUUGACAACCAUAGCCAAGGUCAAGAAUAAAGAACAACAACCAUCAACAAGUACUUCAAACGAUAACAGAAAUCAACAUUCGGUUGAUGAUAAUGAUGAACUUCAAUUAAAAUCAGCUCCUAUCAAUGAUAUGUUUUCAACUCAAAGUAUAACAACAAUGAAUAAUAAUGUUGAAUUACAACGAUUAACUGCAUCAGUUGAAACAAUGCGAACAUCAGUUCUUCAAGCAUAUAUUAAUUUACAUGAACGUUUUACAAAAACAACAGAAUUACAAACAUCAGCAUUAACUGCACUUUGGAGAAAAUAUGAAACACAAACUUUAACUCAUCAACGUGACACUGAAAAAUUAAUAGAAGAAAAUCGAUUACUCAAUCAACGUAUGCAUGAACUUGAAGCUCGUUUAAAUGCUACUAAUGAAACAAAAACAAUUAUUCAAUCAUCAAAUUCUACAAUGAAACAAAAUCCUAAUUUAUUUCCUCCACUUCGUGCUCAUAUAUCAAAACGUGAUACAAAAAGUUUUUUUCUUCAUUGGAUACCUAAUCCAUUAAAUGAACAUCGUACUAUUCUUGGUUAUCGUAUAUAUAUUGAUGAUAUAUUAAAAGGUACUAUUGAUUCUGGUCGUUUUGAAGCUAUUAUUGAUUAUAUUCGUGAUGAAGGAGAAUAUAAAAUAAAACUUCGAACUUAUAAUGAAUAUGGUGAAUCUUCAGAUUCAAAUAUUGUUAUUGCAAGAUUUCGUCGUCAACAUUCAAUAAUAUCAAAUCAUAUUAUUAAUCAAACACAAAUAAAUGAUAAUUUUAUUAUUUCACCAAAAGAACCAGAUAAAACACUGAUUACUAAAGAUGAAAAACGUAUCAAUAUUAAACAACAACAAAACAAUGCUCCAAUAACACCAGAAAAAAAUAUGACAAAAUCUGAUGAACAUAUUUCACCAUUGAAAAUAAGUCCUAAUCUUACUGUUAAUGAUAAUAUUAUUAGUCAUAAACCACCAAAAUCACCAACUACUAGUCCUAGUCGAACGGAUAAAACAUCACCAAAUAAUAAAUCAUGUAGCAAAGUUUUAUUUACUCAUAAUAAUAAUAAUAAUAAUGAUUCAUCAACAGUUAUUACAACAAAUCGUAGUCCUACACGAACUGGUGUUAUGUCUCGUCUUACUAAUAGUUCACAUAGAAUCAAACGAAAUAAUAUUCUUACAAAUCCUCUUCCAAUUGAGAUAAGUAACAACAAUCCAAUGGAUGUGUUGAAUGCAUCCGAAAUUCAAACAAACACAACAGAACGAUUAAUUACAUUUAAACCUGAUCUAAUUAGUAAUAAUCACGAACAUAAUUUAGCACAGAAAGUUCCAAUUGGAUUAUCUGAAAUAUCAAAUUUAAUGACUGCUAAUCAUUUAUCAACAAGUUCAGAUACCUUAUCAUCAAAUCCAUCACCACCACCUCCUAUUCCUCCCAGAAUAGCAAAAACUACUAUUAAGACUUUACUUAAUCAACAAUCUUAA